AUGGAGUACAUAUACAACAUUGGUGAUCGCUGUGAUGCAAAGGUUACAACACGCUCUAACGUGUUGAAUGUGGAAAAAGUAUAUGAAGCAUUAGAUGAUAUCCAUAAGGAGAAGUUCUUGAAGUCAUGCUUUGGUAAACUGUAUGACAUCAGGAACAUGAAAAUAUCUACUCAAUUAAUUCACAACCUAUUAUUACGAAGGGUUAUCUCUGUCAAUGAGGAUGAAUUGUGGUUUUGUUUAAGUUUGGAAAAAGUUGUUCAUUUCUCCCUAUACGAGUUUAUGCUCGUCACUGGAUUAAGCCAUGCGAAUGAGGAGGAGUAUGAGAGUUAG